AUGGAGGCGCCUUCGGCGACCCAAGAACGGGGCGACGCUCCUGCGGGCGAUGCGCCUGAUGCGCAGCGCCUGCAGAGACUGGGAUCCCGAGAAGUCUCGGCGACCGAAGCAAAGUCGGCGUCUUCUUUCGCUUCCGGAGGUUUUGCAGCGCAUGCGAAGAAACUCAAAAAACUGACCGUGGCGCUGAUGCAAGGCAGACGCCUCUCGAGUGCCCCGGCGCAGUCGGGCCGCCUUUCGCUGUCUCGGCAGUCGUCGCGCGGGCAAAGAAGUCAGCGCGAAGAAAGGGGAACCUCGGAGGCGCCGAGUGGAGAGCCUGCCUACCCGCGCAUUUUGAGGGAGGGCGAGCGGCGAGAACUGCAGAGUUCCAGGCGGAGACAGGAGCACCACCACACGGCCCCGUUCUUCACAGACCGUCUUGUCGGGGAAGAGGCAAUGAAACUCAACAGCUUCGACCUCGCCGCCUUGCGUCACGGCAGCAGCGACAACUACUGGUGGUCGGGGUCCUCGAAGGCUCUCGAGCUCCCCAGCAACGUCGACGAGGAUGGCCCUCAGCUGGUUGACCGCCACUCCCUGGGUACCUCGGCUUUCGGCAGUCCAGACGAAGACUGGGCACACUUCUCGAGACGGAAAGGAGGGUGUCCGCGCGUCCUGUUCUUCCAAGAAAUAUUCCGAAUGUUCAACCCCUACUUCCCUCAACCCAUCGGUGCUCGUGGAGAGAGUGAAGACGAGAGGGGAGACCAAGACCGGGCUGGCACGAGCGAUGCCUCGGCCUGCGUCGAGUGCGAGGCAGAAAAGGAAGAAGAGACACAUCGGGCGGACUCCAAAGACACCUGGACGCCGACCCAGACACAGCGAAACACGGAGGCUGUGGAGGACGCGCGAGACGCAACAGAUGAGGAACAAGGGAGAGAGCGAGAAGAAGGCGAAAGAGAGGAAGCAGGAAGAGAAGGAGGAAGAGAAGGAGAGAGCCGUGAUUCAGGGAGCCUGUUCCUUUCAGAAGAAUGUCUCAAGUCACGAUCUGAUUCCCAAGAGGACGCGGAGGGUAGUGAACAGAGUUCGCUUGCUUUCUCGACAAAGGACGAGGGGAGCGACCGCGCUUUUUCUUUUGACCCACGUGUGUCGGAACCGGAUGACAAAACAACUGUGGCUAUUUCCCCACCGUCCCAACAGGGUCCAAAAGGAGACAGAGAGACAGAAGGCCCAGGAGGCGUGGCGAGGCGAGGAGAGGACGAGAGAGACAACGAAGCACGCAGUCGAGCAAGAGAAAGCAGUCAGCUAAACGCUGAGGUCUCCAAUACCUCUUCCUCGCAAACAGACGAGUCUCUACCUUCGGUGCGGCCAGCGAGCGAAGAGCAGGAAGUGAGAGAAGAAGAGAGAGAAGAAGAGCGAGAAGAAGAGAGAGAAGAAGAGCGAGAAGAAGAGAGAGAAGAAGAGAGAGAAGAAGAGCGAGAAGAAGAGAGAGAAGAAGAGCGAGAAGAAGAGAGAGAAGAAGAGCGAGAAGAAGAGAGAGAAGAAGGGAGAGAAGAAGAGCGAGAAGGGAGAGGAAGGGAAAACUCAAUCGUGGCCGGGGCGGGCCGAGGUCAGCAGGGCGAUGAGGAGAGGACACCAGAAGCGAAGAGAAGAGAGGAGAUCGAAAGCUUUGGUGUCGAAGGAGCGCAGAACGAGACAGACCGAGGAAAGGUUGGACUGCCAGAGUCGACUGCGACGACGUUCGAACUCAGCCGUCGGUGGAGCUCGAGGCAGAAUUCUGAAGAGGAGAGACAGAGGGACAUUCGCGGAAGCUGUUCGUCCUUGCCGCCGCCUGACGCCGAGCCUGCGUGGAGCGACCGAGGCGAGGGCAGCGGCAGGCAACGAAGAGGCGUCGUUUUGGGCCAGGCGGAAUUUCCAGAGUGGCUGAUGCAAAUCGACGGAGAAGAAGAAUCUGACUCCGGCGCCAAUCACAAUCCUUAUAAGCACGUCCGCCUGCGCAAAGUCGCCCUCCAGCAGUGGGGACGCCAGCGCCAAGGGACCAAGAGCGGCGAGAGCGUUUCUGGCGUGGAAAGUGCGCGGUCACUCUCGCCCUCCGUGACUUCGUCUGGAAGCCUCCAAGAAGCUUGUUCGCGCUCGGAACGACGCAGUGCCGAGGCCGGGCGACCGUCCAUGCACCGAAUGGGCAGCGACAGCACGGACAAGUCUGGAGAUUCUUCGCUCGCGCAUGCAGAACGAGAGAAAGGCGAGAAGGAAGAGCGAGGCGAGAAGGGAGAGCGAGGAGAGAGAGGAGAGCGAGGAGAGAGAGGAGAGCGAGGAGAGAAGGGAGAGCGAGGAGAGAAGGGAGAGCGAGGAGAGAAGGGAGAGCGAGGAGAGAGAGGAGAGCGAGGAGAGAGAGGAGAGCGAGGAGAGAAGGGAGAGCGAGGAGAGAAGGGAGAGCGAGGAGAGAAGGGAGAGCGAGGAGAGAAGGGAGAGCGAGGAGAGAAGGGAGAGCGAGGAGAGAGAGGAGAGCGAGAGGCGAGGGAGGCGAUUGCAGGGGGUGCUCGCGAGGAGGGAAGGAAACCGGGGAUGUCGGCGGCUGAGUGGUUUCGCCUGGAACAGGAGAGACGGCUCCUGGAGCGCCAGCAGAGGUUGGAACUCGACGAGGUGUUGAAGAUCUUUGAGGAACGAAAGCGGAUGAAACAAGCUGAAGAACGCGAGCGCGAAGACCAGCGAGAAGACGAGCGCCUUCGACAGCCAGAGGCCGCCGAUGAGAGCCGGCAGCUCUCUGUCUCGGCCCUGCGAGCGCGAUUUGAGAGAAAUCAAAACGCGUGGUUCACAGAGCAGCUCGGCGCGUACCGGAAGCACGACGCGCAAUAA